CCCGCUCCUCAGUCUCUCCUCCGGGGCUGCUGCUCACUAACUUCUCGUCGACACGCCACUUCAGUUCACAUUAUUUUUGGUGCUGGAUACGACAAGCAGUGAGAAGAAGAAGAAGAAGAAGAAGAAGAAGAAGAAGACAUGGCUUCACUUCACAAAUCGCUUCUACCUUUGUUUCUUCAUCUCUGCCUUCUUCUCCACAUGAGCGUGUGGGCCAAGGUGGAGGUGACUAUGCAGGAGAGUGUUGAGGUUUACCUGGAUGACUCGGCGCAGAUCCCCUGCCAUUACAGCUUCACCGACAACAACGAGCCCAGCUUUGUCAUGAUCCAGUGGUUUGUGAGAGCUAAAACAAGCAGCUCACGGGUUCGGAUUUUCUACCUCGGUGGCAAUGAGCGGAUGGCGGACAACGACACUGAGUACACCGGUCGCAUCAACGUGACUUCAGACCAGCACGGGACUCGACUCACCAUCCUAAACGUCCAGCUCUCAGAUCAGAGGGAGUUCUUCUGCCAAGUUAACGGUAUGGCUGCCGGGAACGCUGAGGGCAAGACCCACCUCAGAGUGUUUGCUCCUCCAGAGCCUCCAGUGAUGGAGGGGGUCCUGACUGGAAUAUCUGUGACCAAUGAGGUGCCUUCAAAGAUUGCAUCAUGCGAGGCUCAGAACGGUUUCCCUAAACCCAACAUCACCUGGUACAGGAACAACAUUCCACUGAUACCUGAAGCAGGACAUGUAAAUGUGUUGAUCCUUUUCCAAGAGUUGUCCGGCUUCUACUCCCUCCAGAGCAUCCUGGAGUACAAGGUGGCUAAAGAGGACAAAGACGCACAUUUCUCCUGUGAGGUCAGCUUCUUUGUCCCUGGAGCCAUCAGGACAGUGGAGUCCAGCAGCAUUAACAUCACUGUUCACUACCCCACCACCAUGGUGGAGCUGUGGAAGGACUUGCCCAAGGGCCUGGUCAAAGAGGGGGAUACUGUCGAGCUGCGUUGCCAGGGUGAUGGCAACCCCCCGUCGCCCUUCAUUUUCAACAGAGAACAAGAGCCGGAUUUGGGCCUGGAGAGCAGCGGUGAUGUGUUGAUUCUGUCACCAGUGACACGGGUCGACAGCGGCAUCUACCAGUGUCGCCCUCUGGACGCAGACAUUUACUCGGACGUCAAAGGAGAGAUGCAGCUGACUGUGCACUAUUUGGACCCGGCUGUGGUGGUCCCUAAAGACUCAGAAGUCAUGCUCAAAGGAGAAGACCUGACUGCUUCGUGCAACGCUCUGUCCUCCCUCAAAACACAAACUGUUUGGUACAAGAAUGGGCAACAGGUUGGCAAGGGGAACACGUUGCACCUGAGGGACGCCACCUAUGAAACAUCUGGAGAGUAUAUCUGCGAGGUGACGGUUCCCUCCCUGCCUGCCCUGCACACCAGUGGCUCCGUUCACAUCAUCGUCCAAGGCGGUCCUCAGAUGGUGGGAUUGGAGCAGGAGGUGCAGCUGGAGGAGGCAGCCGGCCGGAUGGUGAACCUGAGCUGUGAGGCUCAGGGUCAUCCCCUGCCGAGCAUCUCCUGGAACAUCAUCGGCAGCCAGAACUGGCAGGAGGUGGUGAUCAAGGCAAACGAGCACAUGACUCACAGCGUGGUGUCGGUCAAAGUCACCUCGGACGUUAGUGCUCUGUGCAACGCUUCAAAUGACAUGGGCACGGAGGUCAAAGCUUUCAGCAUCAAAGCCAUUCCCAGACUCACCUCCACUGCUCCCUUCUCUCCCGCUGAAGGCAGUGGGGUGAUCAUCGUGGUGAUCAUUCUGUGUCUGCUGCUGCUCGCCAUCCUCGGCAGCGUCCUCUACUUCCUGCACAAGAAGGGGAAGAUCCCCUGUGGACGCUCAGGGAAACAGGAGAUCUCCAAAGAGAAGACCACCAAAGAUGACAUUGUUGUGGAGAUGAAGAGCAACACAAAGACGGAGGAUACUGUCCUGCUAAAGGCUGUCAACGGGGACAAAAAGGGCCCCAACGAGCAGUAAAGCUGUGAUGUUGUGCAGCAGGAGGAAGCACACACGAAGCCGGCGGUCAGUGUGUGUGUGUGUGUGUGUGUGUGCACGUUGGAGCAGAGGAGACAACAAACAGAGGCUCCCACUGAUCUGAGACCUGCAGCCUGGACAUUCCCCCGUCAUGCUUUGUUCUGAGCAGUAUUUAGUAGAUUUACACACACACACACACACACACACACACACACACACACACACACACACACACACACACACACACACACACACACACACACACACACACACACACUUCUUUGUACAGAUGUGUAUUUUCUUUUGGAUGAAUGUUUUCCUCCUUGAACAUUCGUUUUCUCCAUUUGUUUUGUAUGAUUUCCUCAAACUGUGUUCAGCUCUUUCUCGGCUGUGGUUCAGUGUGCGUCUUUGAUGAUGUCACGUACGCAUCGUCUGCUUUGGUUUUUUUGUUUUUCUAUGAAAGUGUACAUAUUAUAUAUAUUUUGUUAUUUAAGAUAUUUUGGCACUCAGAUUCUCAGUCGAUUGGUAGCGUCUGGGUCAUGUGCAUGUUGAUCCGUGUUCAUGGGUCCAGGUGAGUUUCGGGACAGGAAAUGAUGUCAGAGACCAAACGCUGGCUGCUCCUCUGUGGCAGCUCUUUACUGACACACUGAGGGAGGGCUCGUCCGUGUGUUUGCUUCAGUUUGAUUAUGAUUGAUAUUAAAAAUUUGCCAAAAAUCAGUGAUGGACAAAGUCUCGUCAAUCAGACACACUGUCGGCCUUCUUCUGCAAACUGCUGUCAAGCCCUUGUACUGUUUGUAAAUACAUUUAGUGUACAGACCUGCUGGAGGUGGCCUUGGACUGUUUCUGAGGGUGAAAAGGUCAAAAGUUAGUGAUCUGCUGUGCCUGUUUUGGAGGAUGUAUCAUACACUGAAUUUCUUUUUUGUUUCAUUGGUUUGCUCUUUGUGUGUGUUUUUUUGUGUGUGUGUUUCCACUGAGAGCUAAGUUGGAUGAAGGACGGUUCCAGUGUUUCUGCAUGUUUCUGUGUUGGAUAACGUUCACACAGCAGCUGACCAGUCUGUGAUAUCGAUGUUUUAUACCCUCUGCACUGCAGAUCAACAGCAUCAUCUGACUUUACUAAAGUAAUCUACCAGCAAACAUUUUAGGUUUCAUUUCAAAGUCGGAUCAUUUUUCUUUCAGUCCGCUCUGCAUUACCACCAAACGACCACAAAUCUCCGACCUUAAUAAAAGCAGAAAUGGACGUGAAGCGGAUAUUGAACUCCAGAAAGUCUCCGGUUUCAAGGAAAUGAGCGUAAAGCAAUAACUGUGGAAGAUAACUCCUCAGUUUGACAUGUAUUAUUUAACAUUCAGCAUACAGAGAAAAACAUCAGAAAUCUGGUUUUGAAAGAAAGACUUCUUGGACAACCUUUGAAAAAAAAAACAGAAAAGCUGUUCACCAUUUAAUGUUUGUUUUUGAGGUAUUUGUAAAUUAAAUAUUAAAAAUCAGAUAUAUUUAAAAAGAAAAUGACAAAAAAGUUUGUAUGAUGCUGCUGCCUGAACAGAGUGCAAAGAAAAAGCAAUAAAGGCAAAAAAGCCAAAUAUCAGGAUAAGAGAGUAAAGUAUCCAAAAAGAGAGAUUAGUUAAAGGAAUACUUUUUUAAAAUCUUUUUUCAUAUUUUAAAUACAUAAAACACAAACACAUUUAUGUUUUUUGUAAUUUUACAAAACAAAACAAGAAUGCUAAAUGUCCACUGUCGUUAGUCCCAAAAAGAUGAAUCUGACAGAAACUGAACUGGAUCAUCAGAAAACAGAAGAGAGGCACAGACUGGUCAGGUGACGUGAUUCAUAGUGAACCAGCUGAAACAUGCAGACUCACCACUGCGCUCCUUUAAAGGCCCGUGUUGUGAAUACGAUGUACUGAUUGCUCACUGUGUAGUUUAUCGUGUAAAGAUUGUUUUAGUUUCUGAGAGCGUUACGUUGCCCAGAAGACUUGCAGCAUUAACAAAGUAGUGACACUUUUCCUGCUUUCUUUUUUUGUUUCCACUGAACCUUUGAGAAGUGAAAGUUGUAGAAAUAUCCAGGUACAGGACGUCCUCAGGCUAAAAGUUUGCGUACAUUUAGUGCGAUGCUUUUAUUUUGGUUUAGAAAAGCUGAAAGCGAUAGAAACAUUUCUGAUUUGAUACUUCAAAUGAAACGUUUUUGGUUUUUAAAUAUUUUCACCAGUUGGAAACCUAGUUUGAAACUUCACAUCGCAGUUUUGUUCUUUUUUUUUUGGUGUAAAUUAAGUACUGUACAUGUGAUUCUUUGAUGCUUGCGUUUUUUUAUAUAUUUUUUUGCAAAAAAUAAUGCCAAAUAAAAAGGUUUCAUUUCAA